CUUCAGUAUAUGUUGGAUGACAUACGAUGGAAUCACGUCCAAGAAGCUUCUUCAGCUCGCCUAUUCUCGUGUUGCAGGAACCAAGAGUGGCAGCAUGGCCGGAGGCGGAGCCGGUGGGCGUACCCUGGAACAAACCUCGACGUGGGCGGUCGCCACCGUCUGCUUCGCCCUCGUUAUCAUCUCCGUUGCCAUCGAGCAUGGCAUCCACCUUAUAACCAAGUGGUUGGAGAAGCAUCAUAAACGGGCACUCCAGGAAGCCUUGGAGAAGAUCAAAUCUGAACUGAUGCUGCUGGGCUUCGUAUCCUUGCUCCUGACAGUGGGGCAGAGCGCCAUCUCUGAGAUCUGCGUGCCGACAAGUGUUGGUGAUUCAUGGCAUCCUUGCAAGAUGGAAGUGCAUGACGACAGUUCCACGGAUCACUCACGGCACUUGAGCGGUCGAAGCGGGCCUGACAAGUGUUCUAAGAGGAACAAGAUUUCCUUCAUCUCUGCUGACGGACUCCAUCAACUCCACAUAUUCAUCUUCGUUUUGGCCAUCUCUCAUAUUAUCUACUGCAUCUCCACCAUGGCUCUGGGUAGAUUAAAGAUGAAACAUUGGAAAUCAUGGGAACUGGAGACGAAGACUGCAGAGUACCAGUUUUCACAUGAUCCUGACAGGUUUCGGUUUGCUAGAGAAACAUCCUUCGGACGUCGUCAUCUGAGCUUCUGGAGCAAAUCCCCUGCUUUAAUCUGGAUUGCGUGCUUCUUUAGACAAUUCGUGAUAUCACUUCCAAAGGUUGACUAUCUGACACUGCGCAAUGGAUUCAUCAUUGCACAUUUGGCUCCUCAAAGCUCAUCCAAGUUUGACUUCAGAAAGUAUAUAAAGAGAUCUCUGGAUGAAGAUUUCAAAGUUGUGGUUGGGAUCAGCCCAGCUCUAUGGUUCUUUGCAGUCAUCUUCUUGCUGUUCAACACUCAUGGUUGGCAUUCUUUCCUAUGGCUUCCAUUUGUUCCCUUAAUCAUUAUUCUGCUGGUGGGGACGAAGCUUCAGGUGAUAAUAAUAAGGAUGGCCCAGCGGAUCAUGGAGCGUGGGGAUGUCAUCAAAGGUGUCCCUGUCGUCCACCCCACUGACGACUUGUUCUGGUUCCGACGCCCUCGAUUAAUGCUCUACCUUAUCCACUUUGUUCUCUUUCAGAAUGCUUUCCAACUUGCCUUCUUAGCCUGGAGUUGGUAUGAAUUUGGAUUUCCUUCGUGCUUUCACAAGCGUGUGGAAGACAUCAUCGUUAGGCUUUCUAUGGGUUUGCUCAUACAGGUUCUUUGCAGCUACGUCACACUCCCUCUCUACGCACUGGUAACACAGAUGGGUUCCAACAUGAAGCCCACCAUCUUCAACGAGAGAGUAGCAACAGCACUGAGAAAAUGGCAUCAAACAGCCAGAAAAAACUUGAGAGAGAACAGGAAGUCCGGAAGCGUCACACCGCUGUCCACAAGCAGGUCUACGACCCCAAAGAACAGCUUUGCACAAGUUUACAGGUUGCAGCAUCUUCCCAGUGACUUGGAGAGCCAGCCAGAUUCUUCGAGGAACUACAACUUCGACAGGGAUCAUCUUGAGAUCGAAGAGUCCGUUUCGUCCACAAGUAGGCCUACCAGUGCCGCAAGCCGUUCGUCGCCGGCGUACCUGCUGCGGAACCUUCCAAGUGAUCUAAGCACUCAACAAGAGUCUCCAAAUCGCUCUAACCUUUGGAAAGGCCGGUAUGAUAUGGAAGGACCGUCGUUGCCAUCUGAGAGAACGGUAGAUAUCGAGCUACAGAGAGCAGCUCUGGAAGGAGGUGAAACACAAAGUAAGAGUUAUUCACCGCAGUCGCCUGCUUUAUAAGAAGAGAGUGAUGGAAGGGAAGAAGAGAGGAAGAGCGAUGAUGGAAGCUUGUGAUACCGAUAAAAUGUAAUCUUUGAUGAUAAGUUUUCAUACAAUUACGAAGAUUUUUAUA